AUGUCAGGACAAGACGCUCACGACAACUAGCCUUACGAUUCGGAUAAUGAUUUCGAAAAGCCUAAGGAUGAUUUCAUGUUCUAUUACAAUGCCUUCAAGAUUGAAGAGAAAAAGAUUUGCAGUCAUUUGAAAAUGGAGGAAAUAACUACUAAGUAUUGGCAACUGCUCAAGUCUGAAAACGGUGUUGACUACACUAACUCAGGCAUAACUAAAGAUGAGAUGAAGCUCGAGAUACAAGAAGAAUGGCUUGUUGACUCCAGGGGUCUAAAUUAACUAUCCUUCCAGCUCUUGACUAAGUUACUCUUUAGAAUAGCUCAUUAAUGGUGCACCAACAUUGAUGUAGAGGAGUAUGCAGACUUCCUCCAGAAAAUUCUAGAUAGAAUCACAUACUACGAGGAAUACAAUAGCUAUCAAGUUUCCGGAGGUUACUUGUCAAUUACCAAUGCUGAAAUAGUGGUUUCUUUUCCUUAGAUGGAAAAGAAAAUAUAAGAAAAUGGAGGGAAAACAGAAAAAGUGGUCGAAAAUGAUGACUGGCUAGAGUGCAGAUCUGAUGAAUCUAACAGAAGCGAAUUCGAAUACAAAUACGAGUAGGAUGAGGAGAAUAUGCAAAUGAAAAAAUACAAGAAAACCAAAGGAAACGGCGAUCCAUCCUUAGGAGGCGGCAGUGGUUCUCUCAGCUCUGCUAUUAAAGAACCUAUCAUUUACUCAGAGGAAGUAGAUUUCAAAUUUUAACCUGACAGAGCCUAUGUCCCAAAGCUAUUACAAAUUAGCAAUAUUUUACCUUUUGGCUAUUACACUGAAUACUAUUUGACCAAAAUGAAAGAGUCAAUUAUAAGUGCUUUGGACGCAUCUAGAUAAGAACGUCUAGCAAACUAAAAAGGCUUGCCCAGAGAACAGAGGGAUAAUUAGAAUAUGUAUAUGGGAAUAGCUGAUACUGGAUUAAAGGAGGAAAAUGGAAACUAUUUCAAUGAUUACACUUACAUCGAAAAUGUAAUUGCCAAGGUUUAUUUAUCAGACAUCGCCUUUAACAAUCUGAGAAAAAUGUUAAGAGAGGGUGUUAUAUUUAGUCUCAGAUUGCACAAUCUAUUCCCAAAAGGAACAACUAGAUCUAAAUCAAGAGCAGGUUUGAGCAGCAACGAGCCAAUUCUUGAAAUUAAUAAAUUCGGUUUCAAUCCAGCGCUUGAAAGAAGAAUCCAUUUAAAAAUGGAAGUUACUGAUAACUCAAAAGCUUUCUAUAAUACUAACUAUCACUUGGACAAGGAUGAUUUCAAGGACUUCUACAGAAAGGAUAUUCAAAAGAUUGAGACUAAAGAUAAGCUCUGCCUCAAAGAAAAUGAUGAUAUUAGAAAGGAGGAGGAAUUCAACUGUGUGGAAACCCCCUACAAAAAACUCAGACAAAUAAUGCUCUACAAAAAAUUUGAAAGCAUUUACAUUGACAGAUCAAACGCUGAUAACAAAGAGCAGAAGAGACUUAAGAAGCUUAUUGAAAAGGAGGAUAAGCGCAAGGCUAAUGCACUUAAGCAUGGAAAUAUUGCCUAGAAAGGUCUAAGUGAGACCUACGAAGAGAAAUCAUUUAUCAAGAUGAUGAAAGGACCUUUCUAUCAGUUGGAUAGCAAGGAUGGUCUUUUGAAUGAUGAUUUUGUCACAUGCUCAGAGAAGGAUUUGAUUGAUGCCGCUAGAAAUCCAGCAAUGAGAAUUCUAGUUAUUGGAAAACCAAGAUCGGGCAAAACGAACCUCUGCAUGAAUCUGGCUAAAAAACUUGACUUAGUUCAUAUAAGCAUUGACAACUGGAUUACAGCUUUGCUCGCUAAAAUAAAGGCUUACGAGCCACCUGAACUUGAAGAGGGUCAAGAAGCACCUAAGUGGCUAUCUGACCUUGAAGAAAACAUCCAUCUAUCUCUAAUUUAAGGAGGAGGGCCUUCAGACGAGCAUCAAGUGGAGAUUAUUAGAGAAUUAAUCAGGUCACCAUUAGCAGUUCUGAAAGGCUAUCUACUAGAUCUCUCUUAUUACAACAGAGAAAACACUUGGGCUAGUACAAUUAGACAGAGACACAUUCUAGGUGAGCCAAAUGAACUUGGCCAGACUGUAGAUUUUACUCACAUUGUUGAGUUAUGGUGUGAAGAUGAAGACAUCAAGCUUAGAGCUGACCAUAUGAGAAUCAGUCCUGAGGAUGGCGUGGUUUAUUCCAAAUGGGAAAGAGAUGAAAGAAGGAAACCCAAGAAAGUCACUGAGGAUGAGGAUCCUAUAGAAGAGGAGAAUGAAAUUAAGCCACUGGAUGAAGCUGCAUUAGUACAAAGGUCAUGCGACACUGAUGAGAGAAUUAAAGAAGAAUUGCACUACUACAAUACAGUCGAGAGACCAGCAAUGGAGGAGUUGCUUAUUAACUUCUAUGAGAAUUAGUACAUCAAGCUCGACAGUGGAGGACUUACACCUGAUGAGCUAGUUGAAUGUGUCUCAAGCAGAGUAAAGCCUGAUGACUAACUUCCUUUGAGACCAAUAGCUACAAAGAUAGAAAACGCUGGAGACUUCAAAGCCUUACUAACUGAUGGUGUUGAGCCAGGCCAAGUAAACCCCAAGUGGAGUCUUUGGAGAAAGACUGAUCCAGUAGCUCUUUCUUAAGGAAAGGUUAUUGAAGGAACAACUGAGUUCGCUGCUAACUAUCAUGGAAAUGUAUUUGUGUUUUCAUCAGAGGAAAACUUGGUUAAAUUCUUGGCUGAGCCCAAGAAGUAUCUCUAAGAUAGACCAGUAAUGCCAAGCAAUUUCAGAGCUUUAAUGCUUGGACCUAAAGGUGUUGGUAAACACACCUAAGCUUAAUUAUUAAAUGAGACCUAUGGUUGGACAAUAAUUGAUUACAAAGAACUAGUAAGGAACAAGCUAGAUGAAUUGAUGAAGUUUGAGAUUCAUAUUCCAAACAACCCUGUCCAAGGUGGAAGAAUUGGUCUUUCUGAACAAGAACUGCAAGAUAUCAUUGAGGGCAAAUAGAUGCCAGCCUGGAAGUUCAUCCCUUGGAUCUUUGAUUACCUUGGAUAUGCCCUUGAAAAGAGAAAGCCACCUCCUCCAGAAGAAAAAUAAGAGGAGCAACAAGAAGAGGAAGAGUAGCCUCAACUGUCAGAGGCUGAGAUGAAAAAGAAAAUGAUUGAGGAAAAGAAGAAGCGCGAAGAAGAGGAACGCAAAAAGAGAGAAGAGGAGGAACUUCUCAAAUACAAGGAAGAUAGAAGGAGACGCAGGCAAGAAGCUCUAGAUGCUGGCUAAGACCCACUAUCUCUAGGAAUUGAGGAAAGCGAAGAAGAACCCAUCAUCAUUGAAGAUCUCAGUAUUGAUCAAUUAGUUCUCAAGGAAGAUGAAGCUUCAGGAAAGCUGCCAUUCGUUGGAGGAUUCAUUUUAAUUGGCUAUCCUGAGACUGAAGAACACAUCAAUAAACUCAAGGCUCAUGGAAUUGAAUUCGAUAGAAUAAUAUGUCUUAAUGACACCAAUGAGGAAGAACCAGGAGUCGAGAUUAAAAAGAGGAUGAAGGAUCAAGACUUGUUCGACUGGGAUUGGGAAUUAGAAAACUCUACUAAAAUACUUGCUCUAGCUAAGGAGCAUCUAGGCGAAGAUACAGUUAAGGAAAUUUCUUGCAAUGGUAAAGUAGAAGAUGUCUUCAUUAGAAUCAGAAAUGAGAUAGAUCCAUUCUUUGUAAAGGUUGAUGUCCCAGAGGAUGUCAGAGUGUCAGGUGAUUUAGGGGAAGAAGACAAAAAGCUGCCCAAGGGUGAUUUUGGUGAUUACUGCCCAGUAACAUAUGUAAAAGACAACUGGAUUGUAAGAGGAAAUCCAGAGUAAGAAGUUACUGUAUUUGGGAAAACAUACUGGCUAUCAGGAGAAAAGGAAGCUGAGUUGUUUAAAUUCAACCCAAAGCAAUUCCUAGUCACACAAUAUGGAAACUCUCAAUUACCUUUGACUCCACCACCCCCUAGAAUUAUGAUUAUGGGUCAUAGAGGAGCAGGCACAUCUACUCAGAUAAGGAUGCUCUGUGAGAAGUUUAAACUAGAAGAGUUUGAGCUAAAGAAAAAUUAUGUCUAAAAGCUGGAAGAGGAAAAAGAAAAAAGAAAGAGAAGAAGAUUACUAGAUAGGGGAUUCGGCAAGCCAUCUGAGCCCGAUGAAGACGGCAAUAUUCCUCCUGAUCCAGAGAUCGAAGAAGACGCUGAUGAUUUUGAUCACGCUGCACAAGAAAGAGAAGUUAUGAAAUUGAUUUUCGAUAACUCUAAAGGCUAUGUCAUCGAUGGAUGCUGGAGAGAUCUGCCUGAAAGCAAAAGCGAUUAGAAGUUCCAUGAAUUACUGUUUGAAUCAAGAAGAGUUCCUGAAAUUGUGAUUAUUCUGAAGUGUAAAGAAAAGGCAACAUUCGAUAGAAUUAUUGAUAGAGAAGCAAUAAGAGCAGUAUUCAAUCAGAAGAUGGAGGCAAGAGAUAAUGAGCGCAAGAAAGUAAGAGAAGAGGAAAGAAAAACUUACUAUGAGGAGAUCACUAAGGUAAAUGAAGAUGAGGAGGCUAAAUAACAAUCUGAAAUUGAUGAACUCCUGAAUACCUGGGAUGAGGCGAGAGACUAAGCUGAAAAAGAUCAAGAUGAAAAUGAUCCCGAAAUGCCAAACUAUGAUGCUAUGGAGGGUGAAUAUAGAGAGAAGCUAACUGAGCAGAGAGGAAAUGAUGACGGCUUUUUCGAAGAAUUCAGUGGAGCUCUGAAAGAAAAAAAUGUUUAUGUCAUUGAUGAUAUCAAGAGCGACAUGAGUGCUGAGUUUGUAAACAUUAAACUCCUUGAUAAAAUUAAGCACAACUUCCUGAACAGAAAUGACAUCAUCGAAAGACAAUUAGCUUAGCCAUUAAAGCCAGAGGAGGUUAAAUUUUUUGAGUAAUCUCACAUUUACAAGCACUCUAAAUUCGGACUAAAUUCCCCUCUAGAUAUCUAAAACCCUUCAAAAUCAAAGAAAUUCACUGCUCUAUACAGAGAGAGACUUUAUUUCUUAUCAAAUGAAGAUCAAAGGCAAAAGUUCCUCUUAGAGCCAUCUAAAUAUGCUCUUAAUGUUGAAACUGUGCCUCUAGAUAUUAAUGUCAAGCCAAGAAUAUUUAUCCUGGGAUAUCCUAAAUCUGGCAAGACCACACUUUGCCAAAAACUACAGGAAAAAUGUGGUAUAGUUCACUUGAAAAUUCCUCAGAUUGUUGAUUAAUUCAUUGAGAGGGAUUCUUUCUAAUUCCAAAGUUUGAGGAAGUAAAUGAAAUUAGAAGGCAGGUAGCUGGAAGAUGACCAACUAGUCAACCUUCUCCUUAAGAGAAUCUAGUAUAAAGAUUGCCAAUAAAACGGGUGGAUCCUAGAGGACUUCCCUAAAACUAGAAAUCAAGCCUUAUUCCUAGCCAAGAGAGGCAUUGUACCUACAAAUGUUGUUGUCAUGAGAAUAAAUGAAUAAGCCAUAUUCGAGAGAUCUUAAGACACAAGAGUAUAGAAAUUCGGACACUUUGGAGAGAUUUUGCAAGCAAGAAUUAAGAUGUUCGAGUCAAAUAUUCCCAAUGUCAUAUCUUUCUACUAGAAAAUAUACAACAAUGUGGUAGAUAUCGAUGCUACUCGCUCGAAAUGGUACAUUGAGGACAGAGCAGUUUCAGAAAUUUCUAAGAAUCUCCAAUCUAGAUAGCAGUUCGCAAAGGAUUAUUAUCUAAGAGAGAGGGAUCCUAGAGCAUGCAAGAUUAGAAAUCUGUAUGUUGAUAGAGUGCUUCUUAAGCAAAGUUUAUCUGAAUUCAAAUAUUACUGCCCAGUCACAUGGAAGAAUGAAAAACUACUAGUAAAGUGCAGUGCUAACAAGGAGGACUGUGUCUUGUACAAGAACGCAUUCUAUUACUUCAAGGGUACUCAGCAAAGAGAUAUGUUCAUUUCAAAUCCAGCUAGGUUCAUCCUUAAUGUUACAUUACCAAAGCAUCAAGAUUUACCUCUAAGAAUCUUAUAUCACAAGGCAGCGGAAAUUCUUGUUCAUGAGAAAACUUUGAGUGGUCACUGUCCAAUUACUCUAAUGGAUGAGGAGAGAGUCAAAAAGGGAGACCCACUUUUACUGAUUCUAUUCAGAGACAAUAAAUAUGUAUUUGACUCAGAGUAUAAGCUAUAAAGAUUCCUAGCAAAUCCAUUCAAAUAUGCAAAAGCUACUCUCCCUGUUAAGAUGCCACCACCUGAGGAUAAAAUUUCACUCUUUAACCUACAGAAGAUGGAAGACUCUAUUGCUUUCAUGGAACAAUCUCUAGGUCAAGUAGCGACAAGAGGUCUAAGAGAAGUAUCAGAAAACAGGCUAAAGCAUCCAGGUAUGUCAGUGAAAGAGACAAUGCUAAAACUUUUCUCACUUUUCUUAAAGACUGAAAACCCAGCUAAUACAUCAUACAUGAAAAAGAAGUACCAAGGAAAGAUGAGAGAAUUCAUUCAGAGAUGUGAGUUGCCUGAGGAGUUAUUUGAUCUUGGAAAUGAAAAAGGUAAGAUUUACUUUAAUUUAUUAACAUCCCUUAUAGAGAAAAAGAAGGCAAGAGGUGAAUGGGUGCAGUUCAAAGAAAACUAUUACAAUGAAAGGGGUUCACUUUAUGAUAGCAACCAGAAAGCAAUAGAACAGGAGAAACUAGAUAACUUCAUGAACUACCUCAGAUGA